AGGAAUCCCGGGCAGCGGCCCGCCCUGCCCGCGGGCAGGCCAUGCCCGUAUAAAGCGAGGGGUAUUCGCUGGAGCAACGCAGUUUGCCGCUGUCGGCACCUCCUCUCGCCCGGGCAGCUGCUUCCACCCCCCGCUUUCAGAUUUUUAGACCCGCGACAGAAAUGGCUUCCAACUACGUGGACACCACGGGGGAGGAGGGAAGGUUCCACACCCACGGCCACCACAGCAACAGCACGACGCCGACCGGCGAGGCCGCGUCGCCGAAGAAUACACGGAGGAGGUGGCCCGGGUCGGCGUCGGCGCCAUCCGGUGCAGGCCACGGGCCUGCUUCCAAGUGCGUCUGCGCGCCGGCCACCCAUGCCGGGUCCUUCAAGUGCCGUUUCCACCGCACCAACUCCCAGGGCCACGGCCACGGCCAGGGAAGCCGUCCUUCUUCGCCUCCUUCACCGGUCGCGGCCAACGCGGUGCCGCGGCACCCGGCCUCGCCGUCCUCGUCCUCCGGCACCGUCACGACCCAGUGACGCAACUCAAGCAUCGGCUUCGAGAAUCAAGAACGCUCGACAA